GUAACAUGAAGGCCAGUUAAACCAAGUCGUCACAAGUCAAGUUGUGCAACCUUGUCUAAACCCUCUCACUUCCUUCGUGGGGCUGGGAAGAGGGAUCUGAAGAAGUCGCACCGCUCUGCAGUCGCACCACUAGGAUGGGUGACAGUGGCCCUCCCAUGUGCGCCUCUGUCUCAUUCAAGGGAAUAAGCCGCUGGCUGGACAAACUCUUACUCGGAGCUAUUUUUCUUUCUACAGCAUUUCAGAACACUGCAGUGGAUUGUAAGAAGGGGAAAAGAAACAGUGAAUUACUUUCUCCGAAUUUGAACUCAAGCGUGAAUGUGGUCAGGAUGGGCCAAAAUGUAUCUCUAUCUUGUUCCAGCAAGAACGCACCAAUGAAUAUCACCUAUUCACUGUUUUUGGGUACGAAACACCUACAAACCAAGGAAACGAGAGCGGAAGCUGUGACUUUUUACCUGAAGAUCUCCAACACCAAUGAAACAGGCCCCUACAAAUGCAAAAUCAACGUUUCCAACUACUCGCAGAAAUAUAGUCAGGAACUCAAGUUCGAAAUCGCCAAAGAAGACAGCUGUCCUUCAUGUCUGCUGUCACAGCUGCUCCCAGGGGUGUUACUGGGGCUACUGGUAAUAGUCCUAGUUCUGGUUUUUGUGAUUCAACCAAAAUACAAAAAAGGAAAAGCUCAGAGAGAGAAGGAGUCCAAGAAUUCUGGAGAUGCAUCCACACAAGGCGAGCUGUAUGCAAAUGUCUGUGAAACUCAAACAGAGGCUGGAAAACCCCAGGAGCUACACUAUGCCACUCCAGUCUUCAAGGAAGUGGCACCCAGGGAACAAGAGGGCUGUGUGGGUAAUAACCCCAGUUACAUCUAUUCAGAGCUCACACACUGAAGUGUGAUAGAACUGACUGCAUCCAGUGUAAAAGACUCUAGUAAAGCUCGUGUACAUGGAGAGACAGAAAAUUCACCAGGCAAGCCGGGCGUUGGUGGCGCACGCCUUUAAUCCCAGCACUCGGGAGGCAGAGGCAGGCGGAUCUCUGUGAGUUCGAGGCCAGCCUGGUUUACAGAGUGAGUUCCAGGACAGCCUCCAAAGCCACAGAGAAACCCUGUCUCGAAAAACCAAAAAAAAAAAAAAAAAAAAAAAAGAAAGAAAAUUCACCAGGCGCUUUGAAGUCUCACCCUAGGUUGGGGCAGGAGGAUCCUGAAUUCAAGGCUGGCUGGGACUACAAAGCAAGACUUCGUCUUAAAACACAAAACCAAAAAUAUUUAACCUGGUUGCCUAAAGUGAAUUUGUGUUUUUCACAUCGGAACACUAUUCCUUUAGCUAAUUUGGACAUCUAGUCUUGUCAAAGUAGCCAGGCUUCGUAACACUUAUAAAGUGGUUUUGUGGGCA